UUCUUUUUGUGGUUCAUUUCGUUUUGUUGAUCGUUGUGUAUUUUAAAAUUAUGAGAAAUAAAUAUUUUUCAGAAGUAAUCUUUAAGAUUCAACUUAUAUACUAUGAAUAUAUCUGGAUUACAAAUUAAAAUUAAGACUGAUAAUAUGGAUGGCGAAACGGCUGAUGAAGCAAACAAUUUACUUAGGAAUGGUAUUUUGGUUGAAACAAGCAAAGGUUUAAUUUGCAUGUCACUAAAUGAUGCUCUGUCAUCAGAUUUAAAUUUGUCUGUUGAGGAUCUACGCAAUGUUGCUGCUCAGCUAAUAUCGCAACAAAAUGUAGCUGGUAGUAAAGACAGAAUAUUACAAACGAGUAUAAAUUGUGAUAGUGAUGGAUUUUCAAGUGAAUGCAGUGAUAUCAGUAGCAUUAGUACUACUACUUCAGGUUCUGGUGUGCAAUCGGCAUUUUUAACGUUUUCUUCUUUGUCAAAUGAUAUUCAUACAAAUAUAUUUAACUGUGAGGGCCAAAUACAGAGUAUUAUCAAUAGGCCUAAAAUAGUCUCAAUAAGUAACCUAGCAUUCGAAAAGACUGUUCAUAAUGUUAGUAGUAUUAUUACCGAGAAAAUUGAUGCUCCACUUAUAGAAUUAGGUUCUACUAAUGGUGAAAUGACAAAUAAAUCAUCGGUAACAACUAAUAUUAAAACACACACUGCUGAGGAAUUAAUAAAUCCAACCAUAUCAAAAAAUAUAGUAGAAGUUAUUAAACCAAAGAAGGGUCGAGGGGGGUGGCCUAAGGGUAGGAAACGUAAGCCAGAGCUACUAAAUCUCCCUCCUAAGGCCCCUGCCACUGGUUACAAUUUGUACCUAAAUGAACAAAGAAAGUUAUUUAAGGAGAGUAACCUUGCUUUUCAUGAAAUCACAAAAAUUAUAGGCAAUCGUUGGUCUAGUUUGACAUUGGAGGAGAAAAAACCUUAUUUAGAAAAGGCCGAAGAAGACAAAAAGCGGUAUAGAGAGGAAUUAAGACAGUAUAGGCAGUCUGACGCAUACAGGGCUUAUUUGACCAAAAAACGAAAAAAAAGACUUCAAAAUAAUGUUCUGUCUGAGAGUGAUAUGGAUGCUACUGAUGAUUUUGAUGAAGAAGAUAAUGAAGAACUCUAUUGCCGAACAUGCGACCAGUGGUUUCAUAACCUUCACAAUAAACGCGAGCACUUGCAGGGCAAGCAGCACCUGCAGUCGGUUGCAGGUGAUAUUACGAGGGAGCUAGGAUCUGAUAUAGAAGGAGUCGCAACUACAAGUACCGUUUCUUUCAGUACAUCAUUAGAUGAGUCUAGUCUUGAUGGUAUGCCCAAUUUAAAAAAUACUACCGAUGGCCAAACCAAUACCAGUUGUAACGUUUAUGAUGCCAUGGCCAACUUAGCAGCUAUCGUUUCCAAAAGGGAAAAGGAAAUAAAAAUAUUGCAGAAUCGUUUAGACGAAUCGAAAUCUCAGCAAGAGGCCUUAUGCAGUCAGCUCCUCCAACUAAAUGAACGACACAAAAAACUGCAGAAGGACUUGUUGCAAUUGAAGGAGAACGAGAAGAAUAUGGAGAGUAGAGUUUUUCAUUUAUGGCAGGUUCCCAGUUGGUUUAUUAUUACAGAUUUCAAUACAGACUCGGCAACUGAUUUUACUGAAGGUACAGAAUAGAUAAACCUUAUAAGACUACCUAAUUAUUGUGUUCGGUAAUAUCGCGUAGCCUUCAAAUUAGUACUAUGAUAGUGAUUCUGAAAUUUUAAGCCCUAGACAGAACACGAUAUUCGGAGUUGGUAAUUUGUAUUUCAUGGAACACUACUGCAUUUACAUAUGUCAUUUUUUUAAACAUUUUCUCAAACGCAAGGUUUUGUCCCUUAUAUUUGUAAAAAUAUUUAUGAAACGGAAGUGAUAUGAAAAAAAAAAUUAAAAUAAAAUAUGAAGCCCAAGUUAGCGCUAAAAAUGAAGUAUAUAGGAUGGAUACAAUACAUAUAUUUAUUAUUAUUAUUAUUUUGAUAUAAACAAAUUUGCCUAUGUACUUUGUUUAUCUUUUUUUAGAUAGAGUUUUUCCAUUUUAAAAUUAAUAGCUUUAUCAAAAAUUAAAAAAUCACAAUUCCAAUUUUUAAUAAAUUGCUUCAGUAAAACAAAUGUUUUCGCAGGUAUGUUCAAUAUUUGAUAAAAAUAUAGGUAAUUGAACAAAACGGGUAAGUUUCAAGGAUUGUAAUAAACGAUUUUUUUUUCCUAUGAAAUUUUAAAAGUUGAAAGCUAAGGGCUUCGUAAUUGUUAAUCAUUUGAAAAAUGUUUCCAUUUUCACUUUUUUAGACUAAGCACAUUGAAAAUAAAAAUUGAUUUUAAGCUGAAGAUGAAGAUAUACAUUAGAGAUGGGCACUUUUCGGGAAAGUGUGUUACGGACAUGUAGAGAAAAGUACUUUUGACCUUGAAUCUAAUAAGGCAACUACGAGUGACGUUAUGUUUUCACAGGUCACUGCUUGAGGGGGACACAAAGCAAAAUAUUACUUUUAUUCUAAUGAAUAUGUGUCGAUAUAUUUUACUUAUUACCUACCUUUAGACUUUUUUAUAAAUUAGUUUCUAAUUUUCCUGGGACAGCCAAAAUACUUAUUUAAAUCUUUUUCCAUCCUACUGUAAUUCUUGAAAAUUGUUUUUGAGCAGAUGUUACAUUUAUAAUGAUUUUUACGCAAUUCAGAAAAAUAUAACUAAAUUGUUGA